GUUGAUGUGUAUUAAUUUGAAUAAUUUUAUAUUAAACAAUGGCUUUUAAUUCUAUUGCUACUUUCUUAUCAUUAUUCAUAAUACUAGUUUUAUUCGAUAUAGCUAAUGCUCAAUAUGAAGAUGUAAGAUGUAAAUGCAUCUGCCCCAGUCCUGAAGUUGUGAAGGGUAACAAAACUGAAAGGAAGCUUUAUAUUGCUAAUGUUGUUCCUUCUCAAUGCAAAUGUGAGGGUGUUGUUAUGCCACAAGCUGAUGAAUAUCUCAGAGCUAAGGAAAAAGAAUUUUGCCCUCGAUGUGAAUGUCGGUAUGAAAGACGGAAUACCACAACAAUAUUUGUUGUGGUUAUCAUUAUCAUCUGGGUAAUUUCGUUGCUGACAGUGUACAUGCUAUUUCUCAUGUGUUUGGAUCCAUUGCUAAAUAAACGCAGAACUGCUUAUCAAGAGCAUACAAAUGAAGAAGUAACUCUGCAGAGUGAAGCGAUACCUAUGCCAAGGCCUAGAGUAGGUAGCACUAAUGUUCUAAAUCGUGUUGGGCAACAACAAGACAGAUGGAAAAGACAAGUACAAGAACAAAGACGGAAUAUUUAUGAUCGUCAUACUAUGCUGAAUUAAAAGACCUCUAUUUUAUUAAUACUAUCACAGUUUUAUACAUGAAAAGUGAAAAUAUUUAAUACAUAUGUAUAUAGGGCUUUUCUUAAAAUGCUUUGUAUUUGGUGUCUUUAUUAAAUUGGUGAUACAUUACAUACCAUAUACAUCAUGGGUUUUAUAAUUAAUGUAAGUAUUAUUCUUUUAUUAUUAAGUAGUUCAUUUCUAUUAUUAAUUAUAUGCUCAUAUUUUUUAUGAAAAAAGUUUUUUUUUCCUCUUGGUGUACUUAAAAUAUGGUUUAUUUGCUGUUUUCUUCACUUGAUUAGAAUGAAACUCAUUUGAACAUAUGGUCCCUUUUUAAAGCAUAAUUCAGCUAGUGACUGAUAAUUCUGUUGUAUUUAAAGAUAUAUACUUAUAAAAUUUAUGUUCAUAUGAAAUGUAUUUCUGGAUAGUUAUAUUUUCCCAUUUUUCUUUGUGUGGUUGAAUGCAUGAUAAUUAGGAUCUAAAAUUGCAUUAUACUAGCGUCUAAAAGUGGAAGAUAUUCCUUUUGAGUAAUAUGUUUCAACCUCUCUGCAGCAAAACAUUUCUCUGUCAGGUAUUGAACAUAGGAAACUGCUUAAAACACAUGUGCUUAAAACAUAAAGCAAAAUUCUGUAUUAGUAAAUAUAAGCUCAUUUUAAGGAAAUUAAAUUAAACGUCAGUAAUCUGUAAAGUUUCCUCAGUUCCUUUUUGAAAAACUAAAUCUCUUUUAGCACAUUAUAUGUUGCACCAGCUUGCUUCACAAUAUAAAGUUUGUUGUAAGUGUUUUAUUUCAGUUGAUGAUAAAGCUUCAUUGUCUGUAAAAUUUACUCUUUUUUUUUUUUUUUUUUAAAGGAAUUAUUGUGGUUUUUUUCUGGUUAAAGUGCCUUCUAUAGAGUCUUGUAAAAUGCAUCUUUUAUGUUAUGAAUUUGAUUGUGUCUAUAACGGUUCUUAGUCCUACUCAAGUCCUGUUUUAAAAUUAUUCUAGUUAUAAAAUUUGCCUCUGCUCGUGUUAAUAUUUGUCUUGUACUUUGCCUUGUAUCAUUAUUUUAAUAAAUAAUUUUUUCAAAGUAGUAUUUAUUAUUUAGCAUGUUUACCUUGUUUGCAAAAACUUUAGGCUAAUGUUAUUUUUAAAACAAUUAUAAUGUAGUUAUUCUUUAUUUCUGUUAUGGCUUGUAAAAUGUAAUAUUAAGAACUAAAAUCCUGAGAUUAAUAUUAUGUUUUUAUGUGAUAAUACAAGCAUUUUCAUACAGCUAUUUUUUAUUUUCUUUGUAUAUUUGACAUAGCAUAAUUAUAUUUUUUUAUCUUAUUGUCAAGGAGCAAAAGAAUGAGUAAAUCAUUGAAAAUAUUGUUUUUAUAACUCAUUUUCUUAAAUUAAUUCUACAAAAUGUUGAAAGAUCUUGAUUGUGCUUCCUAAACAUGCUACAAAACAUUAUAUUAUGUCAUUUGCAUUUAUAUUCCUUUUUAAGUGUCUGUUUUGUUUAUGAAAUUUAUAUGUUUUUUAUUUAAAAACUUUUCUUAAACCUACUGAACAAUUUUUUUUUUUUUUUUUUUUUUUUUUCAAAGAUAGAUAAUGUGGUUAUAUGUCAAAUUGAUUUUCGUGAUGGUACUAACUCUUUAUUUGAUGUUGCCUUAAUAUUCACUACUGUUUUGUCUAAGCUCUAUUAUUGGCUAUAAAUUUUAGUGAAAUAAGGAACCUCUGAGUAUACGUGUAUUUGUUUUCAAAUACUUCAUUUCAGCUGAAAGAGUUAUUUCACACAGGGGCUAAUUGUAAAAUUCUUAAAUAUUUUAAAGGGAUGAAAAUUUAAAAAAAAAAAAUGGAAAUGACUAUACUUGUAUCAUAAUUUUGUGUUAAAAGAAUGAAUAAAAUUGGCAUUCUUUGUUUUUUCUUUUAUUAUUAUAUUAUUGUGUACUCUAAAUUUUAAGAUUUGAGCUCUGAUUUUAUUUAAUUUUCAUUUCUUGGUUUUUAUGUAGUAUUUUCAAUUUAUAAAUGCAUCAAAUUACUUGUUAUACUAGUCAUUACACCAAAAAAACAAAAAUUGGAAUUUAAUAUCAAUUCUUGGCAAAAUUGUAAAUAUAAAUUGUAUAUAUUUUCUAUUAAUUAUUGUGUCGUAAUAAUAUUGAUUAAAACUAUCAUUGUAUGCUGCUUUUAUUGAAAAUUGUGUAGAUAGAAAUGUUUAUGAUCUGAUUUGUCAAUAUAAUUUAAAAUGUUUUAGUAACCGUUGCAUUUUUUUUAAUAUCUCUGGGAAGAAAGCCCAGCAGCUGCUGCAAUUUUAUGUGGUGAAUUGCAAUUGUUUUUAAUAUGUUUGUUGUUUGUUAGAGUAAGUAAUUGAGAAUUUAUGGCAUACCUUUAUUAUUUUUCUUAUUCUUUCCUUAACUAUAUGAUAAAAAGAAGAUUGGGAUCAGGGCAUUUUCUGUACAUAGUGUUCCUAUUUAUUUCUAUGCAAGAAGUGACUUUGUGGUAUAUGUAUAUAGCUAUGUAUGCAAAAUCUGAGAUUUUGUAUCUUUAGUAGUGUGUUGAAUUCUAAUAAAGUAAACUUUGUAGUUAUGCUAUUAUCAACGUGACUGAGUGAAUAAUAUGAUAUUUAGUUUUUGCUGUGUUAGAGCUGCAGUGAGAUUUCCUAAAAAUAAGGAAACUCGAGCAGAAAGUUUAAUUUUGUUUUCACAAACUUGCAAUUGAGAAAAAACAUGUAAAUAAAAAUUGACUGAUCCAUGAAA